CACCCGGCACGGGAGACGGAUGUGUUUUCAAUUAUAAACACUAACUCGGUGGCGGCACGGGAUUUCCUCGAAGACUGCGAAACAACCGUCCCGGCACACUUUUUAUCUCGCCUCGUCCAUGCACGCCGAGGGAUCGCGUGCUGGCUCGCAUUCGUGGCUUGUAUGCGCGUGCGUAGUCGUGACGGAAGGAGCUGUACGAUAGCCUUUAUAAGCAACAGCCGAAGCCUGGCUGCAUACUUCAGAGUCUUUCUUUAAGAGAAUCUCCUAGGACGCUCGCGGAGAGUGCAUUGGCGAAAAGCCGCAUUGACAGAGCCACGAUCUUGAGUUUUGCGAAGGAACCUAGGUGAGGCCAAAGCUCGGGUCCAGUGAAUCGGCAAGGGUGCCUGAGGAGCAGUCAUGAGGGCCACGUGCGUCGUCCUGGUGCUUCUUCAGGCUUUAGCAGCCUCCGAUGUCUUGGCACUGCCCGCCGCAGAUGUGGGCAGCGGAGAAGAAUCGUUUCCAGAGUGCGGACCAGGAGAGGUGUUCAAGGAAUGCGAGAGCUCUUCGUGCGGCGAGCUGUCCUGCGCCCAGCCCGAGCCCACCGACGAUUGCACGCGCGAUUGUGCCUACCAGUGCUUCUGUGUCCGCGGCCUCUACAGAAACAGCCUCGGCAUUUGUGUGCCACUCGCGCAGUGCGACAAACCCAGGGACUAAAUGGCAAAAAGGACUUGGUAUUGUAAUGUGCAAAGAGGUCGUGUUCAAUCUUACUGAUUCCAGAAAUCAACUUUCGAUACUCAACUCUCUUUGGUGCCCGGACUUCGGAUGCUUACGGACAUAUACGCGUUUUUGUAUUCAGUUGUAGGAACAUGGCUAUGUCAGAGCUGGCCAUACCUAAAUCUGAAUUUGCUACUAACAGAAACAAA